GUGAAACCGAAAGUGAGUAAGAAUUCAGCACUGGGUUAUCAACGGUUCGACAGACAUUCUCUGACUUGUUUUAAUGUUGAAGCAUUGAGUAUAACGAUUCAAGAAGUAGCAUCUGAAGAAAGACUACAGUGCUGGCAUAAGGUUAAACAUAAAGUUGAUCGACGUCAGCCAUCAUGGCAGGUAGUUCGACUCUAUUCACACUCGUCCUGCUGGCCGUGAAUUACAUUUUGCAAGUUUAUGGGACAAGCUGCCCAAUUGUGGAGUGUUGGUUUGUACAGGAGAAGCCAGGGCGUGGUGGAGGGUUCCCAGCUGCUAUGAAUCAGGACAAGUCCUUGAUGUAUGUUAGAGUAAGCCCCGACAGUACAGGAGCAGAGUCACCACAUAAGACCCCAGCUGGCGUAGACCCCACAAGAAUCUACCGCGUCACUGACCCAAGUGGCUCCCUGUGCAGUUCAUCUCUGCAUUCUCCAGAGGGCUCUGUGAAGAAGCCCCAGUGUGAAAUAAACCCUUUCCUGCCUCAGCCUUCUACGGUCAAUUGGGCUGCCCCGCUCACUAGAUCUGGUCAGAGCCCAAUCUACCUGGAGGCUGACUGGUUUUCAGCUUCGCUGAAGGGUCUCGAUGAUCAACUAGUACUGUCUAGUGUAAUGCGGGCUGCCAAGACCACCAACGAUCUGAAUGUGAUCCUCAGUGUCUUCAGUUCAUCUGCUUUGGUCCGCUCCAGACUGGGUGUACCUGUGGUCCUGAACUGUUGGUUCUGGAAGGAAUCCUCCUCUCCCCUCUCUGAACUGGGGUUUGCAGUAGAAUGGCGGUAUCAGUUCCGGGGGGCAGGGAGGCUUGUUGUGGCCUAUGAUGCCAAGACUGACCGAUUGGCUGAGAGCUCAGAGGAGGGGGCGGAGCUUGACAUCAGUGCCCUGCAUCAAACAGGAAAUGCUUCACUACUCCUUGAGGAAGCUCAAGUCAGACACACUGGGACUUACAUCUGCACUAUAUACCUUCCAUACCUGCUGGCUCAGGUCGCUAUAGAUUUGGAAAUAGUGGAACCCCCCUCCCUCUCCAUCUCCCCCUCUCCUCUUCCCAUCUCCUUCCCUGGUCAGACGCUCACCGUACAGUGUGAAGCCUCUGGCUUUUCCCCCCUCUCUCUGGAGUUCCGCUGGGAGUUUGUGGGGGCAGACGGAACAGUGCAGUCCUUGGGCACGGGGGGGAUGUCGGGGCACAGGCAGGCCUCGGAUGGCACUUUCAGCCAGAGCAGCCGGCUGACACUGGACCUGGGAAAGUUUGACCUGGGCCGGGGAGGAGAGGUGACCUGUGUGGCUGUCCACCCUGGGGGCACCCGACGGACCAGCACAACCCUUAACAUCAUUGGGGUUAGUGGUCCCACCAUAGAAGACUCCAUGGCCAUGGUGGCUGUGGCCUUGGGGUUGUAUGGUCUAAUCAAACUCUGCUCUUGGAUGUUCAGCAGAUCUGGGUCUGUUGCCACUGAUUCAAAAGAAAAGAAGGAGAAAUAAAUUUGAGAAGACAAAGAAUGCAUUUGAAGAUGCAUAGAUCCAUUUUACUGAGGAGGACCUUGAAUUUCCUGUCUGUGUGUGUAUCUCUCUUUUUUCUUUUUUUACGAAGGGGUCAGGUAUUGCAGUGCCAUUGUUUCUUCCAAGUUUGACUCAUCUAUCCUGAAAACAGAUUCCAUGCUUAGUGCUACUUAAUAGGGUUGAUGAUCAUUUAUUCAUCCUUCCAGGGUCAAAUAUGUUUUUGUUUGCUUUUGGGUCAUUUAUUUAAUAACUACAUUUCUGUGAAAUAAAAGGAAGGACAGAAAUUAAUAUCAACUAAUCAAUGAAUUCUACACAAUAGUGAGCAUGUUCAUAACUUUGUGGGUGGUCGGUACAGAAUGACACAAGGGCCUAUUGAAAGUAAUUGAAAUAAGGGUACACCUACAACCUGGGAAAAGAAAAAAAAUCUGCUGGAAUAAUUUACCUUGCAUGUUUUUCUAUGCACCAAGUAUCUUUGCCAUUUGAAAGACUGUGAAAUCUGGCAUAUACACAGAAUGCCAAAAAUGAGUGUCGUUAAUUUAAUUGUUUUCUUUCAACAACUAGAUGUUUUAUUGCACUAUUUUUCUGUAGAACUUAUUUGAAAUAAACAAUUUUUCAGGUAA